AUGACCUCCCAGCUGCAGUGGACAAGAUGGCUCUGCUCUGCUCUCCUGGGCUACCUGAGCUGCUGCUGUGCUCCGCAGGCUGAGGCGCAGUUCCCCCGUGUCUGCAUGACAGUAGAGGCGCUGCUGGCCAAGCGCUGCUGCCCAGCCUUGGGGCAAGAGCCAGGCAAUGUGUGUGGCUCCCAGCAGGGCAGGGGAUCGUGCAGGGAGGUGCAGGCGGAUGCCAGGCCAUGGAGCGGCCCAUACACCCUCCACAACGUGGAUGACCGGGAACGAUGGCCCCUGAAGUUCUUCAAUCAGAGCUGCCAGUGCACAGGAAACUUUGCUGGCUAUAACUGUGGUGACUGCAAGUUUGGCUGGACUGGCCCCAGCUGCGAUGAAAGGAAGCCACUUCUUGUCCGGAAAAAUGUCCAUGCCUUGACUGCAGCGGAGAGAGAGCAGUUUUUAGAUGCUUUAGACCGUGCAAAGAAUACCACUCACCCAGACUAUGUGAUUGCUACACAGCACUGGCUGAGUCUCCUUGGGCCCAACGGAACUGAACCACAAGUUACAAACUGUAGUAUUUAUAACUACUUUGUGUGGCUUCAUUACUACUCAGUCAGGGACACUCUAUUAGGACCUGGCCGCCCAUUCACAGCUAUAGAUUUCUCCCACCAAGGACCUGCCUUUGUUACUUGGCAUAGGUACCAUUUGCUGCUGCUGGAAAGAGAUCUCCAGAGACUGAUUGGCAAUGAAUCCUUUGCAUUGCCCUAUUGGAAUUUUGCCACAGGUAGAAACGAGUGCGAUGUGUGUACAGAUCAGCUUUUUGGAGCAUCAAGGCCAGAAGAUCCAAGCCUAAUAAGUCAGAAAUCAAGGUUCUCACGCUGGGCAAUAGUGUGCAAUAGCUUGGAUGAUUACAACCGUCUGGUUAAACUGUGUAAUGGGACUAAUGAAGGGAUUCUACAGAGGAACCCACCAGGGAAGUCUGGUGAGCAGCUGCCAACCAUGGAAGAUAUCCAGAACUGCCUUUCACUUCAAGAGUUUGAUAAUCCUCCUUUUUUCCGGAAUUCUAAUUUCAGCUUCAGGAAUGCACUGGAAGGGUUUGGUAAACCAGAUGGAACUUUUGUCUCACCAGUCGUGAGCCUGCAUAACUUGGUUCACGCUUUCCUGAAUGGAACCAGUGCUUCCCCUCAUGCUGCAGCCAAUGAUCCAAUUUUUGUGGUCCUUCAUUCUUUUACGGAUGCCAUCUUUGAUGAGUGGAUAAAACAAUUUAACCCCUCUGCCAGUGCUUGGCCUCUGGAGCUGGCCCCUAUUGGGCACAACAGGAUGUUCAACAUGGUCCCUUUCUUCCCUCCUGUGACCAACGCUCAACUCUUUCUAGCUGCAGAACAACUUGGCUACAGCUAUGCCAUUGACCUGCCAGAUUCACUUGAAGAAACACAUGCUUGGGCUAUUACGGUUGGAUCCGCUAUUGGAGGAGCACUGAUAGCUCUAGUUGUACUAGUUAUGCUGCUUGCGCUCUUUCAGCACCGAAGAUACAGGAAAGGUUUUGAACCACUGCUGAAUGCAAGAUUCAGCAAAAAAAAUUAUACAGAGGAGGCCUAG